AGCGGUCGGUUGGACAGCCAGCACCAGCACCAGUCCGAGCACUGAGCAGCACCAGCCGGGCUAUGCUGCUGGAGUAAACCUAAAACAAAAUCCAAAACCAAAACACAAGCGAUUCAAUGUUUAAAUCAGAAGUGAUUCGCACUGCACGUUUUAACAGAACUGUUGCUGGGAUUACCUCGAUUGUGCAAGUCAUGUCGUACUUUUUAAAAACUAUCCUCAUACUCUUCUGCCUGACGAUAGCUGCUGAAAGCAGGAAACACCGGAAGAAGAGGUGGGCAUCUCAGGUAGACCCACGCAAACAGGGCAGCCCAAUAAUAAGGAGAAUUCCAGAUUCAACCAAAACUCGAGCAUCAAGCUCUGAACAUCUUCUCCGAGUGGGUGAUCAUGAUUUCACAAUGAGACCUGCAUUUGGUGGCCCAGCAAUACCUGUUGGAGUUGAUGUGAUGGUGGAAAGCCUGGACAGUAUUUCUGAGGUGAAUAUGGAUUUCACAAUGACUCUGUAUUUGCGCAAUUAUUGGAAAGAUGAACGGCUUUCAUUUCCCAGCACUACAAAUAAAAGUAUGACGUUUGAUGGAAGGCUCGUCAAAAAGAUUUGGGCACCAGACGUGUUUUUUGUUCACUCAAAGCGUUCGUUUAUCCAUGACACAACCACAGAUAAUAUAAUGUUACGCAUCUUUCCUGAUGGAAAUGUGCUGUACAGUAUAAGGGUUACAGUAACAGCAAUGUGCAACAUGGAUUUCAGCUGCUUUCCUCUUGACACACAGACCUGUUCCCUGGAGAUAGAAAGCUAUGCUUACACUGAAGAUGACCUCAUGCUAUACUGGAAGGGUGAUAGAGAUGCAUUGAAGACAGAUGAGAAGGUCUCCUUGUCUCAAUUCCUUAUCCAGAGAUUUCACACGACCUCCAAGUUAGCUUUCUACAGUAGUACAGGUUGGUACAAUCGUUUGUACAUUAACUUCACUUUGCGCCGCCACAUUUUUUUCUUUUUGCUACAAACCUACUUCCCAGCGACUUUGAUGGUAAUGUUGUCCUGGGUGUCAUUCUGGAUUGAUCGCCAAGCUGUACCGGCUAGAGUUUCAUUAGGUAUAACGACAGUUCUAACAAUGUCCACUAUUAUCACGGGUGUGAAUGCUUCCAUGCCAAGAGUGUCGUACAUUAAAGCUGUGGACAUUUACCUGUGGGUUAGUUUUGUGUUUGUCUUUCUCUCGGUGCUGGAGUACGCAGCUGUCAAUUACCUGACUACAGUUCAAGAGAGGAAACAAAGAAAAUUGCAGGAAAAGUUUCCUUGCAUAUGUGGGAUUGCCAGCACUAAGGACUUAAUGUUUGAUGGUACCUUUAGUGAAGCAGAUGCCAACAGUCUGGCAGGAUAUACCAGAACUUCAAUCAGUACUGAUGACAGGGUCAAGCAGGUUCGCCUAUCCAUUGGUGGAGAUUCCAAUUUACAGAAAAAACGUCGCCUUAGGGAGUUUGUUGGCAUGCGGAUCAUUCAGAAUACCCAUGCAAUAGAUAAAUACUGUAGAAUGAUAUUUCCAGCAUCUUAUAUAUUAUUUAACUUAGUGUAUUGGGCUGUAUAUUUAUAGAUGUUAAUUUGAACAAAGCUGUUUCCUUUUAAAACCAAAACUAGUAGGAUGCAGCAUAUGUACACAAACAAUGAAUGCACCGUGUACAGCGUUACUGCAUUUUGUAAGGUUAAUUUUGGCUCAUAAUUUAUUUGUGUAAACGUUGCCUUAAUAUUGACCUUACAUCUGCAGUAGCCUGAAUGUAUAUAUAUUUUCUGUAAAGUAAAAGCCAAUUAUACUGAAUUCUGCAUGGAACCGGAUUAGACAUUGACAUUUCACUCCUGGAGCCUGGCAUCUACUGCAGCCCAGGUUGACAUCAUGUGCUUUUAGUUGCAGUCAUCUUAUGUGAAAUGACCUUGGAUAAUCUAGUUCCUCGAAGGCUCAGCCAGCACAAAAUUAUUCGUAAUUUAAUAUAAUUGGAUGACCACCAAAUGGUUGCUACGGGAAAAAAGUCACACUGGGGCGGGGAUAUUCUUUAGAGACUGUGACUGAGAAUUAUUUUGUGGGUAAAGAGGGACCUUUAGUUUGCAGCCAGGCUAUAACUCCAGUGCUUGCUACUUGUUAGUGAACAUGUGAACUGCAAAAGUGAUUUUGCUUCCCAGCACCAUUUAUUGUACCAGACCAUUACUGCUUAAUUAAGUUAACCAAAAUUCUGCUUGAGUACAGGCAUUGAAUGUCGUAGCAGAAGAGAAUUUUCUGUUUCUAUAGUCUCAUGAUAUGAUUUCAACAUUGAACAGCUAGAAAUUUUAUAAUAUUUAAGAUUGUAAUUUUUAAAAAAUGUUUUUUAGAUCUAUUAUAUGUAUAAUACUGGUGGUAAUUUUGGUGGUUAAGCUGUAUCAAAUGAGGUUUGUUGAAUGACUGUGUUAAAUGAUGAUACCUAAAGAAUGCUUAUUGUUCUCAAUAACAGUUCCCAUAUGACCAUAAAA